AUGCUAAGAGUAUUCAAGGCUAAAACGAGAGAAUAUAUUAAAGAGACCAUAGAAUUAAGCAAUCUUCAAUUUCCUUGGAAAUUUGGAGGGUAUGACUAUUGUUUUCAUCUUAGAUUUCCUCAUGAACCAAAGGAUGGAUAAUUAAAUGGGUUCACUGAUUGGAGAAGAAUUAUUAAUGAAGAGAAACUUUAAGAACUUACCACUGAAUACUUUCAAAAAAUCAAUGACUUGUAACCUUUGAGAUUGGAAAGAAUUGUAGAGCAUUCUUUAAUGUCGCAAAUUUAUAGAGAAUUAAUGAGGUAUUAACACACGCUAUUUAAUUGAUUU